CCCACCCACAACCCGCUCACCAUCUGCGUAGGGAAGGAUCGGAAUAUUUGGAACAUUUUGCCCCGUCCCGCAGCCAAGUCUCGAACACACGGAUCGCUGUUCCGGUUGGCAGAGCCACGAGGAGGAGGAGGCGGCAGCUCUCGGGUUUGGUUGGUCUCAAGGCCCAAAUCGGAGGCCGAGUCUGACGGGGUCUCGCACCGCGGAACCGGAAAAGGGUCUCACCGAGAACUGGUGUCCUUUGCAGAAAAAUCGACAAAAAAAUCGGCAGCGGAAGUACCAGCGGGCGCUUCCGGAUCUUUAGAGGCCGAUCGGAUGCGCAAGGCGGGGCCUGCCGCCCUCGCCGGAACCGCCGUUUCCUUGCGCCGCCUCAUCCUUCGUCGCUCUUCAGGCCCGUCUAAAUUUACCAGAGCGCGGCGCUACGUCUCCAUGGCAACGGGCACGCAAGACUCCCAAGGACCCUCUGGGCCCUCACUAGCAUCGAGGGGUCUAACUCAGUGCCAGCCCGAGUUAUUAUUUGGUCCGCCUUCUCGCAGCGUUUGUAAGCGGCCGUGGAUUUUUAAAGAGGCUCCACUUCUCAUCAUAAGGACAAAAUGACACUCAGAAAAGUAAACAUUUUCAUCCUGGUACUUGCUCUUGUUAUAUUUCUAUUAGUUCUGCAUCACAACAUACUAGGUCUCAGUGACCUCUUGAAAACAGAAUGGUCAGAUUCAAGUCCUUUGGGACUUCAGCCAAUAGAUUUUAUUCCUGAGGCUCCUCAAAGAUUGGCAGAUGACAAUAAUGACAAAGAAAUACCUGUGGUCAUUACAGCCUCUGAUGACAGGCUUGGGGGUGUAAUUGCAGCUGUAAACAGCAUUCACCAAAACACCAAGUCCAACGUGGCAUUCCAUAUUGUCACUCUGAAUGAUACAGUGGACCAUUUGAGAUCAUGGCUUAGUAAAACGAGUCUGAAAAAUGUAAAAUACCAGAUUUUGGAUUUUGACCCCCAUUUGUUGGAUGGGAAAGUGAGGAUCGACUCAGAAAUGCUCAACUCCAUAAAACCUCUAACCUUUGCAAGAUUCUAUCUGCCUAAUUGGGUCCCUAAUGCAGAAAAGGCUAUCUAUUUGGAUGAUGAUGUGAUUGUACAAGGUGAUAUCCUUGAACUUUAUAACACUAAACUGCAACCUGGUCAUGCAGCUGCAUUUUCAGAUGAUUGUGACUCUACCACAAACAAGUUUGCAGUCCGUGGAGCAGGAAACCAGUAUAAUUACAUUGGAUUUCUUGAUUAUAAAAAAGAAGCAAUUCGGAAACUGUCCAUGAAAGCAAGUACGUGCUCUUUCAAUCCAGGUGUUUUUGUUGCCAAUCUAACAGAAUGGAAGCUACAAAAUGUCACCAAGCAACUGGAGAAAUGGAUGGCAGUUAAUGUGGUAGAGGAGAUAUACAGUAAGACUCUUGCAGGCAGCAUCACUACACCCCCGCUGCUCAUCGUAUUUUACAAGCGGCAUUCAAACAUCGAUCCUAUGUGGAAUGUACGCUAUCUGGGUUCUAGUGCUGGUAAAAGAUACUCGCCACAGUUUGUGAAAGCUGCCAAGCUACUCCACUGGAAUGGACAUUUCAAACCAUGGGGAAGGACAGCAUCCUAUGCAGAAGUCUGGGAAAAAUGGUACAUUCCUGACCCUACCAAUCAGUUCAACCUCGUCCGGAGGCAUGCGGAUAUGUAUGAAACAAAAUAAUGGGAUCUGAUACACUUGUAUUCUUGGGAAAUUUACUGGCCCAAUGAGUGAGACCAGCAAUACUACAUCCACCAUUUCGUAUUCAAAUAGAGAAACCUUAUGUACUUGAAAUGUCAUGCUUCAAUGGCUUUCUGUAAAUAUUGCUGUUCUAAUGGAGCAGGCAUAUCUCUACAAACGAACAUUUUAAAACUGAAUGAAUUGCUCCUGAAUUACCUUCUAGGGCUAAAAAGCAUGUGACAGAACAAGCUGCUCCCAGGAAUGGCCCACUGCUACAACUGGAUGAUGAUCACACAUCUUGCACAGCAACUUAAAAUACUGAAAAGCUGAUACCACUCUUUUUACUGAACCUGUGAAUAUAUGCUUUAUACUAAACACCUUCUCUUGGGAGAACAUCUAGUCUCUAAGUUUGGGUGGCUGGCUGUUGUACCUCUCCCAAAGGGGAUUCCUGGCAACGCCAAACAAAGUGUGACAACCUCCCCACCGCUGAAAAGCCCCCAUAGCACACAAUAGGCUUAUGCCAUCCAAAAGGGCUGCAUAAAUCAUUGCUCACAGCUGCAAAGGGGCGAAAGACUGGGAGGAAGCCAACAAACAUCUCCUAUUCCCCCAAACACCGCCAGCAGCCACACACUGGCAAAACAGCCCCUCUGCAGAGGCAAGUGCCCUGAGGGAGGUGCAAAUCCACUAGCACAGCCAUAAGCUACUUCCAACGAUGGAAUCCCACCCCCAUGGGUCUCUUGGAGAGUUUCCUAUCAACACUAAAGGGAUGUUUUCAAAACUGUGGAAGCAACUAUUCAAAAACUUGCUAUGAAUUUCUUAUGUGGAAAUAUUAAUUUGUAUUCGCUCAUUGGUAAGUUUGUAUUGCCUUCAUUUGUUUUGUAUAAAGCACUAAACUGGGGUAGCAUACAUAGUUAAAUAUGCUGAGUGAAAAUGUAAUACAGAUAAAUGCUGUUUGUAGCAUUUGACAGAGCUCAAUUCGCACAGUUCCUCAAGCUAAAACUUCACACGCACACAGAAAGAAGCAGUAACAAUAAAGUGCUUUCCUGUAAAAAAUUUAGAUGUCUUGAAAUCAGUUCUCAGGAGCAGGAAUAGCUUUAUGUCACCAUGCCCUAUACGCAUUUGUUCUACUCCCCAAAUAACUGAUGGAUGGCGGGAGAGACAGCAAAGGAAAACUGCAUCUGCUUCUUCUAGGAUAGAAGUUCUGUAUUAUAAUAUAGUCUUUGCCACUGAGGCUAAAAUCUAUUCAAACAUAUUCUUAAAGUCCAAAAUGGUCUUCAAGGCAUAAAUGUGAAUCAGCUAGAUGUUUUGGCAACAAGCAGAGGUAAUUGGUGAGCAACAAGCUACAUCCAAUUUAUUCUCCUCCUUCCCCCAGACUGUCAGUCCCAAUUGAAAUACUGACUCCACUAUGUACAUUUUAUUCACUUCAAUAUGUGUGACAAAGAUGUACUGCUUUAAGCACAAUAAACAAAAAUACAUAUA